AUGACUCAACCGCAUUCAUCGCAGCAAUCGCAACUUCCUCCGGAGUACCGUCAAGCGUUGCUUGAACAACAACGUCAACAACAACAGCAACAGCAACAACAGCAGGGGCAGGGGCAGCAAGCAAGUGCUCCCACGCUACAAGACAUUGAACAGAAGCACUCGCAACUGCCACCUCAGUAUCGUCAAGCCGUGCUCGAAAAGCAGCAGCGUGAGCAAGAACAGCAGAGGCGAGAGCAUCAACAACAUUUAGCACCAUCAAUACUACAGCAGAGGCAGACGCCAGGAAGGAAUCAGUCCGUCUCACUCUCGUCUUCGCCAGCCGCUGGAGCAACAUCGUCAUCUAAAGCCCUCGCCGGCGCUUGGGGCUCCACACGGCAGCGCAAUGCGUCGGCGCCAUUGACAGGUGCCUAUAGGAAGGACCGGGAUAAUGAUUCAUUGAGCACGACAGCGAGCACGACAGGUCCUGGUCGCGCUCAUUGGAAGCCGGAUAGCAGCACGAAUGUCUGCACCUGGCCAGGGUGUAGACUUAUGUUUGGACUCUUUGACAGACGACAUCAUUGCCGAAAAUGCGGAGACAUUUUUUGCAGCACACAUUGCUCAAAGGGUAUCCCGUUGGAUCAAGCACUGGAUUUCAGUCCAUCUGAAGGAGUCAUGAGUAGGGCAUGCGUUGGCUGCUUUGAGGCUUAUGAACAGUGGCAGGGACUGGUUCCCUCGGGAAGGAACCCUUUCACGCAUGUGUCGGAGGACAUGACGCAGGCAAUUGCAGGCGGUAGCACGAAAACAGGGACGGCGUCGUCUUCGAAUCAUCGACCAAACCUUGGACGUAUCCCAGAUGGAUAUCUAGGUGGAGAAUCCACAAGAGAGGCGAUUGGACGGGAAGAUGUCGUCCGGCAAACGACCCCAGCGUCUGCGAAUAUUGCGAUCAAGAAGCAGUCAUCCACAGAUCAAACGGUGUUGCCGAUGCCCUCUGUCCCCCAUGACUGGUCGUGGAGUACGUUUUAGCGGUCGUAGCGGAAAAUACUACUAGUGUCGAUAAUAAUAAACUUGCUUCAACCACG